GCCAUGGAGGCAUCAUCCACUUAGUCCACGACGCGCCCAUGCAGCUCCUCUAGCGCGGGACCGGCUGAGGGGAGAACGCGAACUCCUGCAAGCGAGGACUUACGGGUGACUACUUUUCUUUUUUUUUUUUUUUUUUUUUUUGGGUGCCAAAAUUACGCGAGGAUGCCUCGUCCGGGGAGAAACACGUACAGCGACCAGAAGCCUCCGUACUCCUACAUCUCCCUGACGGCCAUGGCCAUCCAGAGCUGCCCGGAGAAGAUGCUCCCCCUCAGCGAGAUCUACAAGUUCAUCAUGGACCGCUUCCCUUACUACCGGGAAAACACGCAGCGCUGGCAGAACUCGCUGCGCCACAACCUGUCCUUCAACGACUGCUUCAUCAAGAUCCCGCGGCGCCCCGACCAGCCGGGGAAGGGCAGCUUCUGGGCGCUGCACCCCAGCUGCGGGGACAUGUUCGAGAACGGCAGCUUCCUGCGCCGCCGCAAGCGCUUCAAGGUGCUGGGCGCCGCCGACCACCACCUGGCGCCCAGCAAGCCGUCGGACGCCGCGCACUACCUCCAGCAGCAGGCCAAGCUGCGGCUCAGCGCCCUGCAGGCGGCCACCGGCGCGCACCUGCCGCAGAUCACCCCCUACAACCUGGGCGUGACGCAGAGCUCCACCUUCAAGCACCCCUUCGCCAUCGAGAACAUCAUCGCCCGAGAGUACAAGGUCCCCGGCGGCCUGGCCUUCUCCACCGUGCAGUCCAUGUCGGCCGGCUACCCGCUGCACAACCAGCUCGCCACGGCCUGGCCGCACAUGUACAACAGCGGCGUGAUGGACGGCAUGGCUCCGGGCGACUACAGCGCCUACGGCGUGCCCAUCAAGUCGCUGUGCCACGGCGCGCAGACUCUCCCCGCCGUCCCGGUGCCCAUCAAGCCCACGCCGACCUCCAUGGCCGGCUUCUCGGCGCUGCCCCCGCACCUGCCGGCCUUCCUCUCCAACUCGCCCCAGUCUCUGAGCCCCACCUCGCCACAGACAGCCACCAGCCAAAGCAGCCCCGCCACCCCCGGCGAGACGCUUGCCGGCCCGGGCGCGCUGCAGUCGGUGGCCGUGCACUGACCUGACCCGGCCCGGCACGGCACGGCACGGCCCUUAUCACACCUACCCCUCCUGCAACCAACCCAAAGUUUAUCCAUCUUGUAUCGUCGGACUCUAAACAAGGCGAGUUGCAUACCGAUCCACGCGUGUAAAUGUUGAAUGUGUCGCUUUAAAGCAGUGGUGUCCAAACUUUUUCCACUGAGGGUCGCACACUGAAAAAUCAGAGCAAGCGGAGGCCAUUUUCAUGUUUUUUAUUUUAAAAACCAAUGCAAUAUAUACAUAAAAAAAUAUACAUUUAGGCCUCCACUUAGUUAUGAUGGUUUUGGUCCAAAAACAUACUAAAAAUGUGUCAUUAUUCAGUAUCACUAUUUUCAUUAUUAUUCAAGUUUUAAAUCGCUAGAUCAGGGGUGUCCAAACUUUUUCCACUGCGGGUCGCCCACCGAAAAAUCAGAGCAAGCGGGGGGGGGGGCUUUUUCAUAUUUUUUAUUUUAAAAACCAAUGCAAUAUAUAGAUAAAAAAUAUUCAUUUAGGCCUCCAUUCAGUUAUGAUGGUUUUGGUGCAAAAAAUUAUUAAAAAUGUGUCAUUAUUCAGUAUCACUAUUUUCAUUAUUAUUCAAGUUUUAAAUCUCUAGAUCAGGGGUGUCCAAACUUUUUCCACUGAGGCUCGCACACUGAAAAAUCAGAGCAAGCGGGAGGGGGAGCAUUUUCAUAUUUUUCAUUUUAAAAACCAAUGCAACAUAUAGAUAAAAAAUAUACAUUUAGGCCUCCACUCAGUUAUGAUGGUUUUGGUGCAAAAAAUUAUAAAAAAUGUGUCAUUAUUCAGUAUCACUAUUUUCAUUAUUAUUCAAGUUUUAAAUCUCUAGAUCAGGGGUGUCCAAACUUUUUCCACUGAGGGUCGCACACUGAAAAAUCAGAGCAAGCGGGAGGGGGAGCAUUUUCAUAUUUUUCAUUUUAAAAACCAAUGCAACAUAUAGAUAAAAAAUAUACAUUUAGGCCUCCACUCAGUUAUGAUGGUUUUGGUCCCAAAAAAUAUUAAAAAUGUGUCAUUAUUCAGUAUCACUAUUUUCAUUAUUAUUCAAGUUUUAAAUCUCUAGAUCAGGGGUGUCCAAACUUUUUCUAGUGAAAAAUCAGAGUAAGCAGGGGGGCCAUUUUCCUAUUUUUUAUUUUAAAAACCAAUGCAAUAUAUAGAUUAAAAAAUAUACAUUUAGGCCUCCAAUCAGUUAUGACCCCCAAAAAGUUGUGGUCCAAAACAUAUUAAAAAUGUGUCAUUAUUCAGUAUUACUAUUUUCAUUAUUAUUCAGGUUUUAAGUCUCUAGAUCAACAUUAGGGGAAAAAAAUUUGAAAAAACACAAAAUAUGCAAUAUUUUCACCCAAUAACUUUUUAGGUGGAAUAUUUGAUAUUAUAUAAUAAUUGGAGCUUUAAUUUUGGAUUUUGAUUCAUUAUUAUUUUUGGAGCAAUGACACUUAAACACAAAUCACAAUAAAAUAAUUGGGGACCCAAAAGUGUCAUUAAAGUGUUAAAAAAUAAAUUUGAAAAUUAUUUUUUACUGUAUAAUCUCGAGAUCAACUUCAGAUAUAUCCGUGAAUUUUAAGUUUUAUUGUUUACGUUUUUUAUUUGCGUGUUGUAGGCCCUUCUUUAAAAAAUAACAGCUCAUUUUUUAUAUGGCAAAACACAAAAUAUGUAACAUUUAUCUCAAAGUGGAAUAUUUAAUGUGACGUAAUUGAAGCCUCAAAUAGGUCAAUAAUUCAAAAUGACAUUGAUUUUGAUUCAUUAUUAUUUUUUAAGGAAAGAAACAGCCUGCACGGCAGCUUUGUGUUAUUAGAGUAUUGCAACAAUUUCUUGUUACAUUUCACCUGAUUGCUCUUUUAUACCACUUUUUAUGUUUUACAUUUUUUUCAAUUGUUUUCUUAAAAUGUGCCGUGGGGCCGUUAAAAAAUAACCCGCGGGCGGCAAAUGGCCCCCGGGCCGCACUUUGGACACCCCUGCUUUAAAUCUCCAGGAACAUUCCAGCACAGAAUCUCGCAGUAUUGCUCAUCAAAAAAAUAAUAAUAAUAGAAAAUUAAAAAAAUACAUAAAUUAUUAUUUGAAGGGAACGCUUUGUUUUUAAGUCCAGUUUUAUACUUGCAAAACGUGUGCACACUGAACUUUAUAGCGAUUAAAAACAACACCAAAUAGUUCCCUGGAAAAAAAAUUGAGAAACACCCCCCCCCCCAUAGAAAGACAUUAAGUCUUUCUAAAAAAAAUGAAAUAAAAUAAAAAAACUCGUAUUGUGAGACGUGCUCCAAAAUGCAAGAUGUGAAUAUUGCAAAUACUGAAAUGUUGUCAAAUGCACUUUUUAGUUUUUAGAUAUCUAUUUUACAGGAAGAAAAUAAAACAUGUUCUGUGAAGCAUUUUAAUUUAAAAAAAAAAGGCUGUGGUGACCACGUGAUCAGUUGCUGUAAAUUUGUAUUUUUUUGUUGUUUUUUCUUUAGUUUUUUAAUAAGAAGAAGCAUGCAUUAUAAACAAGAAAAAAAACGUGUUGUUAUUGUUCAUGUUGUUCAUGUUUUUUUUUUUUUGUCGUUUUGGCAAAGCGCUUUGGAAAAAGCGUGCAAACAUUUGGGAAAAACAAAACAAAAACAAAAACACGGUCAUCCAAAUAUUUUCUCAUUAAAAGUGAAGCAAACAAUCAAUUGUUUCUGAUUAUUGCUGCCGCCGUCAAGUCCAGAAUAAAUAUGGUAAUUAUGACUCUAAUUUUGCAGUAUACAAAUGAUGAUUUUUUA